AUGGCACAAGAAUUAAACCUGAGAGAACGCCUAGUCAAAGUCUGGUUCCAGAACCAGAGGAUGAAGUUCAAAAAGGAAGAGGAACAAAGCGCGUCAUCGCCUACUCGGACAUUCCCUUCAUCUACUCCUAGUCAAACCAAAUCAGGAAUCCAAACGAUAAGGGCUAAGCACCAUUUGGUGACUAAGAGGCAGGUUGGCCACAACAGGUGCAUGCCAGAAACGAUACCGAGAAAUCCGUCGGUAGGUCACGUUUCGUGUAACCAGCCUCAAAGUUCGUAUCAACGUCUCCAAGGAGAUACGAUCUAUCAGAAACACAUGCCACAGAAUACACUCAACUACUAUCCUGUGCAUCUCGGACAGAAUAAGCCAUGGUAUCAGCUUUACCUCAACGGUGAUUGGGCCGAUGAAUAUUUAUUUAAUAUACACGGAGAUGUCACUAAGAGUCUAACUAGUUUGUAG